AUCUGAGAUAUGUAAUAGUUAUUAUUUAUUUAUUUUUAUUGCUAAAAGUCUUAAAUUUGUUGGGUGUCAUAUUAUGUAUUGAGGCUAAAUAAUAAAAUCCGGUAAUUGUCAAAAAUCGGAAUAUAUUUCGAAAAUCUCAUCUUUCCACCAACAGGUCACCCAAGAACCAUACUACCACGAAAAUGGCCCCAUCAGCAAUUGCGCAGAGGAGAACACAUAAUUUAUUACUAUUUCAAAAGCUACUGAACCUUCGUGAUGGGGCGAGUCCAUUUACGUUGCUGUUGGACACGUUAGAACAGUCAUCACAGCCGGUCGUUCGCGAGUUCAUAACAAGGGCAAAGAUUGCCAAAUCCAAAGUCAUAUAUGUAUCAUUUCAGACUUUGAAGUCGCCUUCACAGGUCGACGUAGUCAUCAGAGCACAUGGCAAGCCAUUGGCAGCUCUCAAACAGGAGAUUCUGACGCACCUGCCUCCGCCGCCCAGUGCUGCUGCACCAACACCGAGUGCCAAAGCUAUUGUCAUUAUUGAUACGCUCUAUUCUUUGGCCGCUUCGGCCUCAUCCUCUCUACCGGGCUUCUUGUCGUCAUUCUUGUUCCCGGGCAUCUCUAUCGUCGCCACAUACCACCUUGACAUCCCUCUUACCACCCAGAAAUCACCAAAUCCAUAUGCCCCAAGUCCACUAACUACUCUUUCCUACUUGGCAACGUCUAUCCUCCGCGUCUCCUCGCUCGAUCACGCCGUGCAAGAAAAGCGCGCACGUGAUCGCAGUUUACCAGAACCAACCUUUGGUUUGCAUGAGGGAAGGGAUGGCGUUAUUAUCGGGCGGAAAAGCCUCGGCGAGCAAGUACAGGGUGUGGUCGUUGAGAUGGAGAUUCGACGCAAGAGUGGACGGGGAGUGAGGGAAGUUCUAGUUUUGGCUCUAUCAUCGGCAUCACUGCCAUCUUCGCUGGAGGCAGGUGGAAAGAUGAGAGUUGGUCCUGGUGCUGCGGGAAGCAAGAUCUGUUUGUUGGAUGAUCAUCCUCUUUAUGCAGCACCGGAAGUUGGUGAUGGCCAGGGAGCCAUGGACGAUGAAGACGAGGAGCCGGAAUCGACUUUUAGCCUUGGCCUGACAGAAAAGCAGAAGAAGGACAGGGAGGGGGUUGUGCUACCGUAUUUUGAUGCACAAAGUGGUGGAGGGGAUGGGGGGAGAAUUUUGUAUGAGAUGGGGAGGGAGGAUGACUGGGAUCCUGAGGAGGACGAGAUUUAGAAUUAAGAGGCAAAUCACCAGUAUUAGAGGAAACAAAUCCCGCAAAAUAAAAAAGCUAC